AUGGACGCGCACGAGCGGCAGUGUCUCGUCGCGAAGGACAGCGACGACGAGGACGGACCACGCGGCCUGCGGACUGCAUUCGUGACCACAACAGUCCGUUCGCCCACGCGACGCGGCAGCUGUCCUCGCGCCUACGCGUCGCUGCGUAGCGACGUCUGGACGCUGCUGCACUACCGCACGUCGCUCAAAGAGCGCUCGGGACUGCACCGCGCGUCGUACCCUCUUGGAAAUCGGCGUACUGGUACUGAUCACACUGAAUGUUGCGCUGGCCAUGUACGUGUCGGCGUCUCCGCUCGGCCCUGCGAUGACGUCGUCCGAUUGGACGACCGGUAUACGCAUCCAGUGUGCGGCAGGCCUGGGCGGAUGAGUCGGCCAAUGUCGAUCAUCGACCUCGUGGUGCUCAUUCCAUUUUAUCUGAGAUUUUGCUCGAGCAUCAGUACGGGAGCAGUGUCGUCGCGUGGUGUCUUGACACUGCGAGGCUUUCGGCUCUUGCGUAUCAUGUCCUUCUUGCACUGA